CGGCCGCACUGGAAGCCUGAGCAAGUUCGGACCAAGCGCUUCACCGAUGGUAUCACCAACAAGCUCGUGGCCUGCUACGUGGAGGAGGACAUGCGGGACUGCGUGCUGGUCCGUGUGUAUGGGGAGCGAACGGAGCUGCUGGUGGACCGGGAGAAUGAGGUCAAGAAUUUCCAGCUGCUGCGGGCUCAUGGCUGUGCCCCCAUACUCUACUGCACCUUCCAGAAUGGGCUAUGCUACGAGUACAUGCAGGGUGUGGCUCUGGGGCCCGAACACAUCCGUGAGCCCCGGCUCUUCAGGUUAAUCGCCUUAGAAAUGGCAAAGAUUCAUACCAUCCACGCCAACGGCAGCCUGCCCAAGCCCACCCUCUGGCAAAAGAUGCACAAUUAUUUCACGCUUGUGAAGAACGAGAUCAACCCCAGCCUUUCUGCAGAUGUUCCCAAGGUGGAGGUGUUGGAAUGGGAGCUGGCCUGGCUGAAGGAGCACCUGUCCCAGCUGGAUUCCCCUGUGGUGUUUUGUCACAAUGACCUGCUCUGCAAGAAUAUCAUCUAUGACAGCACCAAAGGUCAUGUACGGUUCAUUGACUAUGAAUAUGCUGGCUACAACUACCAAGCCUUUGACAUUGGGAACCAUUUCAAUGAGUUUGCAGGUGUGAAUGAGGUCAAUUACUGCCAGUACCCGGAGCGGGAGACCCAGCUGCAGUGGCUGCACUACUACCUGCAGGCCCAAAAGGGGAUGGCCGUGACGCCCAGGGAGGUGGAGAGGCUCUAUGUGCAAGUCAACAAGUUUGCCCUGGCAUCUCACUUCUUCUGGGCUCUCUGGGCCCUCAUCCAGAACCAGUACUCCACCAUCGACUUUGAUUUCCUCAGGUACGCGGUGAUCCGAUUCAACCAGUACUUCAAGGUGAAGCCUCAAGUGUCAGCCUUGGAGAUGCCAAAGUGACCAGCCGCCCCAUCCCUCCCUCACCCACCUGCCUGACCAGACCUGGUCUCCAGAGCUCAGCCCUGCUCUGGGGUCCUCACCCUUGGACAAGGUGGGGGUCCAAGGAGAUGGCUUUGUCCCUGCUGCCAGCCCCCAGUGGUUGCCACUGAAGACCUCAUUCUCCUGUCUGGAGGGACUGAUAAGGACCCAACUCUGGGGGUCCCCUUCACCUCGCCAGGCCUGGGAGGAAGUGCCUGCAGACAGCCAGGGCCUGGACUGCACCACCCUGAGAAGAACACUGUUCCCAGACCCAGGCCCUGCUGGAAUUUGGGCUGCCUUAGAUGUGUCUUGAACCCUUCCUGGCCUGGGGAAGGAGGGGGGAGGGCUCCUUUCUACCUCCGGUGCCCUGAGCCUCUAGCCCGUCCCCCCACCCUGCAUGCCCCUUGUGGAAGGUGCUGAGCCCCAAACCAGCAUCACGCUAACACUGACACAUGGAUGUACAUAUCUUGGUGGAGAAGGGGAGCCCAGACUUGGGCGUGACAGCACCCCCAGCAGCCACCUCACCUGAGACCCCUCACCUCCAAACCAGACUCAAUCAACCCCUUCCCAAGCCUCGGCCUGAGGAUAUGGGCCCCAGCACCUGGCUCUCCUGUGCUUGUUUUGUUCCCUUCUAGGGGAAAAGGAGAGGGCGUGGCCAAGCCCUGGCCUGCAAAGCCUGGCUCAACUUCUGCUGUGGCUUGGCUGGAGGGGACGUGGCCAAGGGCGAGGCAACUGGAACCACAGCCUGCAGCCUGCAGCCUUCUACCCAGCUGCCUCCUCUGCCCUCCAGGCCCUCCUCCUAAGGAUCUGUCUCUGCAACUUCGGUCCUGAAGUCAGCCCAAGGUCUCCCCAGCUGGGAAUGACUAGUGGGAGUCAGGCAGGGGGCCGGGGACCUCCAGGUCGUGUCCUGUGAGAGCCUGUGCAGGACCCAAUUGGAAAGGUGCUGUAGCCUCCACCUUCGACAGCCUCCAACUCCUUUCUGUCCUCACAGCUUCUCGGGCCUCCUGGCUCUGGCCCAUAAAGUGAUUCAUUUGUAAAUUAUCAUGGUUUUCUGCAUUAAAAUGCUCAUUUCUGGA